AAUGCGGACACGUUCCCACAGGAAAGUGCCUUUGCUUGUUGAUUGUUGAUUGCUCUGUCUGUCCCUCCAAACAGAAAUUUCAUGGAAAAAAUAUAUAUAUGUAAGACGAGAAAUUUUUGUAUGCCACCGUCUCUUCAAACUCCACCAUUGCAUGUUCUUUCCGAGAAAACCCAACAAGGAAAAUCACCACACUGCAUUUUCUUUCUGAUUUUCUCGGCGCUCAUUGACUUAACAAAGCUAGUCGUCUUCUUCUUCUUCUUAUGUAAACAACUGGCAGUCCUUGUAAUUUUUCAAGAAGCUGUUUGGAGGCAUGGGAGCUUUCCAAUCGUUUGAACAGCUAAACACACAUGUUCAUGUGUUGCACAGGAAAACGAGGAAAAUAGUGGAAUUAUGUUGAAGAAUGAAGAACAUGAAACACUUUCUUUGGUUUAAGUAGAGGAUUUGACAUAGAAACAACUAUGGUUUUGGAGCUCAUACCAAUAGGAACCCUCAUAACUGUGCUCACAAGCCAGGUCAUCAAAACUGCUCAAGCUGCAAAGGAUGUUGUUUUCGAGAAGGAGAGUUUCAAGGUUCUCUCAAAGCACCUUUUUGACAUUGAGCGAGUCUUAACAGAAUUGCAGCUCCAAAAACUAAACGAUUCAGAAGCUGCAAGGCAAGCUUUGGAAUUCCUUGAAGCUGAUAUUAAGAAGGCUAAUAACUUGGUCGAUAAGUACAAACACCGAGCACGUUUCUACUUGCUAGUCAAGUGCAGCCACAUUGUCAAGGAGGUACAAGAUGUCACAAGAGAUAUAGGGAAGUCUUUGGCCGCUUUAUCACUAGCAAACACCGAAGUUCUUUCAGGGAUAUCCGAGCAAGUGAAUAGGUUACAGAACGAGAUGCAAAGAGCGGAAUUUGAAGCUUCUCAAUCUCAGCUCCAAAUUGUUGACAAGUUGAAUCAAGGCCUUACAGAGCAGAAACUUGACCAGGGUUUUGCAAACGACAUUCUUAAAGAAAUAGCAAAGGUGGUUGGGGUCCCAGUGGAGCCCUCGGAGAUAAGCAAAGAACUAGAAAGCUUCAGAAGAGAGAAGGAAGAAGCGUCCAAUAGGAAAGAAAGGGCUGAAGUUUUCUUCUUGGAGCAGAUCAUUGAGCUGCUAUCCCGAGCUGAUGCUGCAAGAGAUUAUGAACAAAUCAAGAGGCAGUACUUCCAACGGCUUCAAGUCAUAGACAAAUAUGAUCCAAGAGAAGAAUAUAUUCAGCCAUUUAAUGCUUUCAUUUGUUGUAUAACUAGAACGGUGAUGGUUGAUCCUGUCAGCCUAUGUACUGGUACUUCGUGUGAGAGGACGGCCCUUGAAGCUUGGUUUGCGUGUGGAGAGAAAACUGAUCCAGAAACGGGAGAUCCACUUGAGGAUUUUUCUUAUAGGUCUAAUCUCCGGCUGAGGCAAUCGAUUCAAGAGUGGAAUGAACUUAAUUACUGUGUCAAAAUCAGAUCGUGCAAGUUGAAACUAUUGUUGGACAUGGACUCAUCAGUGGAAGAGGCUCUAGAUCAAAUACAAAAGCUUAUGAGCGAGAAUUCGAUUAACAAGGACUGGAUUUCCAUUGGUGGUCUCACUGACAUUAUUGUUUCAACCCUUGGAAGCUCAGACAACAGAGAUGUGAAAGAAAAGAUAUUAAUUACCUUAAAGGAUGUCGUCGAAGGGAAUCCAAGAAAUAAGGAUGAAGUGGUGGAUUCCCGGGGGUUUGAUCACAUCAUUCCUUGCUUAGGGGUUGACUCAAGCCUAUCAAAGGCUGCGGUUGAGCUGCUAUAUGAAUUAUUGCAAGACAGAUCUGGUUGGGAUUCAUCUGUUUGCAGGAAACUUUCUCAGCAGCAUCAUGCAAUCCAUUUUCUUGUUACCUUCCUUAAGAGUCCAGUCGAGGAGUCAAAAGAAAAGGCUGAGGAAAUCUUGAUGAAGCUUUGUGAUGAAGAUGAGGAGAACAUUGUUCGUGCCGCUGAGGCAGAUUGGUACAAACCACUUAUUGGUUGUAUAAUUCAAGGUUCAGAGCCAUCGAGGAUAUCAAUGGUGAGAGCACUUGUUAGCAUGGAACUAGUUGAACAAAAUAUAAAGUUGCUUGGUGAGGCAGGAGUGAUACCUCCUUUGCUUGAAAUGGCAUCUGGAAAUGUCGAAUCAAAAGAGUUGUCUUUAUCAGCAUUAGUAAAGCUUUCAGUUUGUCACGAAAACAAAAUGCGUAUUGCUGAUGCUGGUGGGGUUCCUUUGCUUCUGAAAUUAAUGUUUUCUUUACAUUUACGCACAAUUAUUAUUGCGAAAUGUUCUGAAGUCCUGGCGAAACUUGCUUCCAAUGGUGAUGGAACUAAAUUCUUUGUUGAUGGAACCGGGAACAAACUUGAAUUAGAGCCAAUUAUCACUAACUUGUUAGCUUUUCAGCAAAAUCCCAACUCAUCAUACACUGUCAAGAGGCCUACCUUGCGUACUCUUCUUGAAAUUUGUCGAUCUGAAUCCAGACUUGUCAAGACAGCAGUUCUCACUUCAAAUGGUGUUUUGCUCAUUCUUCCUCUUCUUGAUGACUCUGAUCUUGAAAUCCGUGAAGUUGCGUUAAAUCUUCUCUUCCUCUUCUCACAGCAAGAAUCACAAGGAGUUGUUGAAUACCUUCUCAAGCCAAGAAGGCUAGAGGCCUUAGUGGGUUUUCUUGAAAACAACAAUAACAGCGAUGUACAAAUGGCUGCAGCUGGUUUAUUAGCCAAUCUUCCGAAAUCAGAAGAAUGGCUCACGAAGAAACUAAUAGAAUUGGACGGUCUGAAUGCAAUCAUAAACAUCUUAAGAUCUGGGACCAUGGAAGCGAAAGAAAACGCUUUGAGUGCUCUCUUCAGGUUCACAGAUCCAGCAAAUCUAGAGUCACAACGGGCUGUGGUGGAACUAGGCACAUACCCUUUGCUAGUGAAAUUUCUCGAGUCUGGUUCAGUGACCGCCAAGGCAAGAGCCGCUGCUCUCAUUGGCAAUCUUUCCGCGAGUAGUCUGAAACUUACUGUUCUGACAAAAGAAGUCGGCUGCUGGUAUUUUCGUAAGACACGUGACCCUUUAUGUGGAGCCCACGGGAGCACUUGCAGUGUCACAUCCACAUUUUGCAUGUUACAAGCAAAUGCAUUGACUAAGCUAGUGAAUCUAUUACAAGAAAAAGUUCAUGAAACGACAUAUGAAGUAAUUCAAGCACUUUCAACUCUGGUUCGGGAAGACUCUCCUUACCGAGGGGCCAAUGUACUACAUCAAGCCGAUGCUAUUCAACCGAUAGUAGAGGUUUUGGGAUGGGGAACAGAGUCUUUAAAGGAAGAGGCUUUGAGGGUCUUGGAGAAGAUUUUCAUUUCAAGGGAAAUGGUGGAGAUUUAUGGAGCUGCUGUGAAGUUUACUCUUUUUCCUGUGACUGGUUGUCGUGUGAAUGAGGGCCAUGAUCUUCAAAGAAAGGCAGCUAAAGUCUUGUCGCUCCUUGAACAUUAUUCAAGAUCUUCAAGAUCUCUAGUUCCGGGAUUAAGUAGAUGAAAAUCUUUGUGGUCACAAUGGCACAGAGUAGAUUCCACUUUGCUGUCAAGUAGUCGACUCUCCAAUUGAUCGGGUAUAUUCACUAGAAAAUUAUUUUUACUUUUUUUCUUUUUUCCCACUCUUUUAUUCAUUGAAAUAUGAGACUACACAUUAAUUGACUAGAUGAUAUUACAAGAGAUUUUCGGUAUACUUGAUCUGUAAAUUGUUUUGAAUGGCCUAUUUUGGUGCAAUAUAACAAUUGUGUUUUUCUAUGAACUUGUCACUCCCAUCUCACCAGUUUGUUUUAUGAUGGGAAAAGUGUAUUUAUUUGAUUGUUUAUUUUUUAAA